AUGAAACUUGAUGUAGCCAUUGAUCAAGUUGUCUCAAAGAGCUGUUUGGCUGGUUUGAAAGGAGUUCAAUGUCCUGAAAAUAUUGGCAAGAAGAGAUUUACACCAUCAUCAACUUUGGAUUUGUUGUUUGCUGGAAUGGGUUAUGACUCUUAUGCACACACUGUUAAACCUCAGAUUUUGAAUUCCAAUACUGUCAAUGUCUUGUCUAGCCCAAGUGUGAACUCAAUUUCAGUAACAAUGACUGAUGCUCGUCAAUUCUAUUCACAAGUUUAUCCAAUUUCUGGUCAGCAAUCAACAUUUUACAAUGGGUUGUAUACACAUAAUGGUGGAGCUGAUGAAAUAUUUACAAAAUUCUUUGAAGGAAAAUUGAAUGUAUUGAAUGCUCAACAACAAUACACAACUCAUCAAACAUCUGUUACUAAUGCAAUGGAUAUUACGAGUGGAUUUUCCAGAAUUGUGGAAAUUUUGCCAAAUGAAAUGAACCAAGAAAUGUAUGAGAAAAUUAUUGAAUUCUUUGGAGAUUCUGUCAUGACUCUUGUUAAUUUUGGUGGAGUUGUGGAUUCAACUGUUUCUGUUCGUGGUUGCUAUUCUGAUCCAAAUAUGGAAAACUAUGUUAAAACUCAAUUAUCUGGAAUCAUUCAGGGAUAUGAUGCUGAUGUUCCUGUUGGUUGGGUAAAAUACCACAAAAUAUCUGAAUUAGACAUUGCAGGUGGUAAUCCAGAAAUUGAUAAUAUUCCAAGAAGAGUUGAAACCUUCCACCUAAAUCCAGUACCAAUUAGAUUUGAUACAAUUCCAAUUUGGCAAGUUUUUCCAGAAGGUCCAAAACGAAACAAUAUGAAAGCAGUUUAUGAUUCCUAUGUUCAAGCCCAAGGUUCUAUGGUUGAGAAUAAGAUUAAUCGCAUUCAACAACUCAAAUUGCAAGAACUUCAAAAGCCCCAACCAUUCGUUGCCUACGCAAGAAGAAAGUCCAAUAACUUUAUCUAUGGCAUUGCAGAAGGAUUAAUGGCUAUUGGACAACCAAUAGAUAUUAGUGCUUUAAGCUACAAAUUCUUCACCAACCAAUUGGCAGUAUUGAAUGGUAAGACAACAGUUAGAUUAAUUAGACAUAAUGAAAAUGUAUUUCACAUGGAGGCCAUUCAAAGUUGUCCUAAUAUGGGUGCUUAUGCUGCUAAAACUCCAACACUUAUUUCGAAUGUUGUUGGCAACAGUUGUGCUUUCAUUCGUCUGGAGAAUGCUCCAGUAGGGGGAGGUUUUAAAAACAUGGUGGAAAGGGUGAACUAUGAUGAGGCUAAUGAAUUGUUUGUUUGCAGUGGAUGUCAUGCUUACAUUCUUAAUUGGACUGAUUUGAGAUGUGAUUGUCCAGCAAUUAAUUAA